AUGUCGAUCCAGACAGUCUCCCUCGAGCCCUUUGCUGACCAGAAGCCAGGAACUUCUGGUCUUCGUAAGAAGGUCAAGGUCUUCCAGCAGCCCAACUACUCCGAAUCCUUCGUCACCAGCAUUCUCCUUUCCAUCCCCGAGGGUGUUGAAGGCUCUUUCCUCGUCAUCGGUGGUGAUGGCCGUUACUACAACCCCGAGGUCGUCCAGAAGAUCGCAAAGAUCAGUGCCGCUUACGGCGUGAAGAAGCUGCUCAUUGGCCAGAACGGCAUUCUGAGUACCCCUGCUGCUAGCAACCUGAUCCGCAUCAGAAAGGCUACCGGUGGUAUCCUCCUGACUGCUAGUCACAACCCAGGUGGCCCUAACGCCGACUUUGGAAUCAAGUACAACCUUGCCAACGGUGCCCCCGCCCCUGAAACCGUGACCAACAAGAUCUACGAGACCUCCAAGUCCUUGACCUCCUACAAGCUCGCCGAGAUCCCAGAUGUCGACAUCUCCACCAUUGGCACCAAGACCUAUGGUUCCUUGGAGGUCGAGAUUGUCCACUCCACCGCUGACUACGUGGAUAUGAUGAAGGAGAUCUUCGACUUUAACCUGAUCAAGGAAUUCUUGAGCACCCACAAGGACUUCAAGGUGCUCUUCGAUGGUAUGCACGGAGUGACAGGUCCCUAUGGAAAGGACAUCUUCAUCAAGGAGCUCGGGCUUCCAAGCAGCAGUGUGAUGAACUGCGAGCCCAGCCCUACCUUUAACGACGGUCACCCAGACCCCAACUUGGUCUACGCCCACGAGCUUGUUGAGGCCGUGGACAAGAACGGCAUCCAGUUUGGUGCUGCCAGUGAUGGUGAUGGUGACCGCAACAUGAUCUACGGUGCCAACACCUUUGUGUCCCCCGGUGACAGCUUGGCCAUCAUUUCACACCAUGCCAAGCUUAUCCCCUGGUUCAAGAACCAGGGUGUCUAUGGUCUUGCACGAUCCAUGCCCACCUCCGGUGCUGUGGAUCUGGUUGCUAAGGCCCAGGGUCUGCAGAGCUACGAAGUGCCCACUGGUUGGAAGUUCUUCUGCAACCUUUUUGACAACAAGAAGAUUUCCAUCUGCGGUGAGGAGAGCUUUGGCACAGGAAGCAACCACAUCCGGGAGAAGGACGGUCUGUGGGCCAUUGUGGCUUGGUUGAACGUCAUUGCGGGCGUGGCUAAGGAAAAGCCCAGCGAGACCCCCAGCAUUGCCUCCAUUCAGAACGAGUUCUGGCAGACUUACGGCCGCACCUUCUUCACCAGAUAUGACUACGAGAAUGUCGACAGCGACGGCGCCAACAAGGUUGUCGGCACCCUGUCUAAGUUUGUUGCAAACAAGGACUCGUUUGUGGGCUCGACCGUCUCUGGCCGCAAGGUUGUCGAUGCUGGCAACUUUUCCUACACUGACCUUGACGGCAGUGUCUCCAAGAACCAGGGUCUUUACGCCAAGUUCGACGAUGGCAGCCGCAUUGUGCUCCGUCUGUCGGGUACUGGCAGCAGCGGAGCUACUAUCCGUCUGUACAUUGAGAAGUACGAGAGCGACAAGAGCAAGAACGGCGUGCCCACCCAGGAGUACCUCAAGGACAAUGUGGCCCUGGCUAUGUCGUUGCUCAAGUUCAAGGAAUACAUUGGCCGCGAGGAGCCCGAUGUCAGGACUUAA